AUGCCAGUCCGAGACCCCAUCUUCGAAGCCCGCACAAAUGUCAAGCUCCAUUCCAACCGCCUCAAAAAAGAAGCCCUCCGGGCCGAGGCAACUUACAAAUCCGAAAAGGCAAAAGCCGACAAAGCCAUGAAAAACCGCGAAUUCCAAAUCGCGCGCAUCCACGCUGGUUCCGCCGUCCGCGAGAAGAAGAGACAGGUAAACCUCAAAGCCGAGGCUGCGAGGGCAGACGUUAUUAUCAAUGAACUCAAAGCCGCGCAGUCGACAAGGGAUACCUCGAGGACGUUGGCGUUGGCGUCGAGAGGGUUGGAUGCGGCGAGUAAGAGCGUGAAUUUGGAGCAUUUGCUUGCUCAUGCGAAUAACUUUCUGGCACGGUCGGAGGAUUUCAAGAUUGCGUCUAAUGCCAUCUCGGAUGUGGCGCAGGGCGUGUCGCAGCAGGAAUAUGGUGCUGAGGGGGAGUCGGAGGUGGAUAGAAUGAUGGAGCAGUUGGCGGAUGAUGCGGGUGUGGACUUGAGGAAUGCGCUUGAUGCGGAGACCGCUGCUGCGCCGAAAGAAGAUGUCAAGGAGCGUGCUAGUGCGAAUAAGCAUGCGGAUGUAGAGGUUGAGGAUGCGUUGGGUGCGAGGUUGAGGGCUCUCAGGGCUGAGGGUUGA